GGUGGUGUUGUGUUUGUGUUCAGUCUGUUGUAAGAGGGACCGCUGCAAUGAUUUUCGACCUCAACUCUGUGAGCCUGGCUUUAGUUCUGGGUUUGAUCUUUCUGGUUCUCUUUGAGGUGAUGAGGAUUCAUUUCAGCAGAGCCCGAACUCCACCUGGACCCACACCUUUCCCUUUUGUGGGAACAAUACCAUAUUUUAUAAAAGACCCAAUGGGAUCUAUCAGAUCACUCAAUCAGUUUGGAGAAUUGUCAAGUGUGUACCUGGGACGAAAACCAUCAAUAGUCUUAAAUACACUCCAAAUCACCAAGGAAGCCCUGGUCCAAGAAGGUUCAUCUUAUUCAGGAAGACCAUCUUUACCUCUUAUUGAAUUGAUAACUAAUGGACUCGGUAUAAUAAUGACGAAUGGUCACUUGUGGAAACAGCAAAGAAGGUUUGCUCUCCACACGCUCAGAAACUUCGGCCUAGGAAAGAAAUCUGUUGAAGAGCGUGUGUUAGAUGAAGGCCAUUACCUGGUUACUGAGAUGCUCAAAGAUGAAGGAAAGGCAUUUAACCCAGAGCAUGCCUUACAGAAUGCAGUUUCAAAUAUAAUCUGUUCCAUCGUGUUUGGAGAUCGCUUUGAAUACGAUAACAAACGCUUUGCAUACCUUCUGAAAAUCCUCAAUGAGAACUUUAUUCUGUCAGGGUCAGCAAUAGGACAGAUAUUCAACUUGGUUCCUUUCAUCAAACACUUCCCUGGACCUCACCAGAAGAUCCUUCAGAACGCCAAUGAGUUAGUGAAUUUCAUUUGCAAGGAGGUUAAAGGACACAGACAAACUUUGGAUCCAGAAAACCCACGAGACUUCAUUGAUGCCUACCUGUUAGAGAUUGAGAAACAAAAGUCGCACGAGGACUCAACAUUUCAUGAGGAGAACAUGGUGAUGUCAGCAGCCGAUCUCUUCUUGGCUGGAACUGACACUACGGCGACCACCAUCAGAUGGGGACUCAUCUUCUUGAUGGACAACCCAGAUGUACAAGAGCGAUGUCAUAAGGAGAUUGUUCAGGUGUUGGGUUAUGAUCGUCUGCCCAGCAUGGAUGACCGUGACAAACUUCCAUACACAUACGCCACUGUUCAUGAGAUUCAGCGCUGUGCCAACAUUGUUCCUCUCGGUGUAUUUCAUUUAACCACACAGCCAACCAAACUAAGAGGAUAUGACAUUCCCAAGGGAACUAUAAUCAUGACAAACUUAACAGCAAUCCUUACUGAUAAGGAGCAUUGGAAAUAUCCGGACACUUUCAAUCCAGAGAAUUUCUUAGAUGAGAACGGACGUUUCUGCAAACCUGAGGCGUUCAUACCAUUCUUAAUCGGUCCGAGGGUUUGUCUCGGUGAGACCCUUGCAAGGACGGAGCUUUUUCUUUACAUUGUGUCUCUACUACAGCGGAUUCAUUUCUCCUGGCCACCGAACUCACAGCAUCCAGACAUGGAUGGUAUCAUGGCUGUGGUGAGAUACCCUCACCCCUUCAAAACCAUCUGCCAUAGCCGAGAUGCCAAAGACUGACCAUCAGUGACCCGACCCAACACGCCAACAGACUGCUGAAGAACACUGAAGUCUACAUCCACAUUCAGCAUUUUAGAUAGUGCUCAGAAUCUACAGAUGUAUCUUGUCAAAGAUCCUCAGGAUUGUUGAAGGCUCACAACAAAAAUUACAUUUUUCCAGUGCAGUCAUAUUUAUAAUGUCUAAAUUAUAACUUUUUCCUUCUUUUAUUUUAUUUCCUUUUAACAAUUAAGAAUAAAAAAUUGCACCGAUCCACUGCUGUACGGCGCUGAGUAGAGUAGAACUCAUAUUACACACCUGUGUGUUAAACAGUUGUAGGACUGGUUAUGUUACUACGCCAUGUGACUCAUAUUAUUACAUAAGCUUGUUCAUCGUCCGGAUUAACGUGUUUAUGCUGUAGUACAGCUGGUAUAUAAUAAACUUUAAGUUUAUUUAUGAAGAGACACUGUAAAACAAUUUAACCUCAGGAUUAACCCAAAUUUGAUCCUCAGGUUGAACUGGUUACAGACAUAAAACUCUUUGUGCUCCUAAUCUUUUCAUCACAAAAGCUUUUGCACUGUUAGCCUUUAGGCUCACAUGGGUAUCUGCUGAAAUAUAUGAUGUAAUGUGUAUAUAUAUUAUGUGGUUCUAAGAUUGUAAUUUUAUAUUCAUGUUUAGUAUUGUUUUAAAGGUCAUGAUGCAAUGAGUAAAAAUUUCUAAUUUCUAUAAGUUUAAGAUAAGAUGGAUCAAGGUUUUAGAACUUAGGAUAGAAGAUGCAUUUCUUGUAGAGGUGGGGUUUUGCCAGGAUACUUCUGGCUAGUUUGACCAGGUGUUCUUUAAGGUCACUUGGCACAGGUCAAACUGGAUCUUGACCAGGUGUUCUUUAGUAUCACUUGGUACACGUCAAACUGGAUUUUUGGAGUUUUACGAUGUCUUUGUCUCAAGCUGUGUAUAAAAGGUGGCUUGGCAAAAUAUUCUGGGAGGCAUUCUGUUCAGAAGCUCCCACACUAUGUGUGUAUUAAAACAUCAUGGAAGAAAUCUUUAACAAGAAUCUUCCUCCACCAUUUUAGGUGUAUUAUAUCCACAAUGGAAGUACUCUGUAGCCAGAGUGUCUAUUGCCAGGCAUGACUUUGUAACUUUUGCAACUGUUGAUCAUUUUAAUUAAUUGGAAUUGAAUCAUAUUCUGUAUGAUAUUCUUUAAAUGACGUUUGAAGCUGGAACCUGCCUGGUAUAAUAAAUUGUUACAUUUGAUUCAUCUAAA